AUUUAUGAAAAUACGCAUACUUUAGCUGAACGUGCCUUAGAUACCAUGAACUUUGAUGUGCUCAAGUCUCGACCAAUUCGUAUUAUGUGGUCGCAACGGGAUCCUUCAUUACGUAAAUCUGGUGUUGGAAAUGUUUUCAUAAAGAAUUUGGAUAAGAACAUCGAUAAUAAAGCCAUUUACGAUACAUUCUCGGCAUUCGGGAACAUUUUGAGCUGUAAAGUUGCUCAAGAUGAAAAGGGAAUGUCGAAAGGUUAUGGAUUCGUUCACUUCGAAACCGAAGAGGCUGCAAAUACUUCGAUUGAAAAGGUCAAUGGAAUGUUGCUUAGUGGGAAAAAGGUCUUCGUUGGCCGAUUUAUUCCACGCAAAGAGCGCGAAAAAGCUUUGGGCGAGAAAAACAAAUUGUACACAAAUGUUUAUGUGAAAAACUUUGGUGAUGAGCUCAAUGAUGAGACCUUGCGUGAAAUGUUUGAAAAAUUCGGCAAAAUUACAAGCCAUAAAGUCAUGUCUAAAGACGAUGGAAAAUCACGAGGAUUUGGUUUUGUUGCGUUCGAAAGCGCCGAAGCUGCCGAGAAUGCAGUCAAAGCAUUAAAUGGAAAAGAAUUGGGUGACGGAAAAGUUCUAUACGUUGGCCGUGCUCAAAAAAAAAUUGAGCGUCAACUCGAAUUGAAACGCAAAUUCGAAGAAAUCAAAACAGAACGAUUGAGUCGCUACCACGGUGUCAAUUUAUAUGUUAAAAACUUGGACGACACAAUUGAUGACGAACGUUUGCGUCGCGAGUUUGAUCCAUUCGGUACAAUCACAUCAGCUAAAGUUAUGAUGGAAGAUGGACGCUCGAAGGGAUUCGGUUUCGUCUGUUUCUCAGACCCCCAAGAAGCCACUAAGGCUGUUACAGAAAUGAACGGUAGAAUUUGUGGUUCCAAACCACUGUACGUUGCAUUGGCUCAACGCAAGGAAGAGCGUAAGGCUCACUUGGCUGCUCAGUACGUGAAUCGCAUCAACAAUGUACGAAUGCAACAACUUGGGCAUAUCUUCCAACCAAGUGGUGCUGGCGGCUAUUUCGUGCCAACAUUAGCUCCACCACAACGAUUCUACGGACCACAGGUCACACAUUUACGAAGUCAACCAAGAUGGGCAACACAGCAACCAGUUCGUCAACAAGCCGGCGCUCAAAAUGCUGAUGUUAAAGUAUUGCAUCCAGCUGCAGGUGGAUAUCCAAAUAUCACCGGUGCCACAAAUGCACAAUAUCGACAAGCACCAACUGCCGGUGUUAGACAACAAGCCCAAGGUGGCCAAAGUGCACAAGCUGCCGGAAUCCGUAAUUCAGCACGACCAAUUACCGGACAACAGCAAGCAGUUCAGGGACGUCCAAUGCCAUCAGGUCCAGGUGUUCCACAGGCAAAUCAAGCUCGUGCCGCCAACUAUAAAUACACAGCAAACAUGCGUAAUCCACCAACUCAAAAUGUAGCAAUGGUUCCACAGGCAGCUCCUGUACAAGCUGUCCAUGUCAAGGGUCAAGAGCCAUUGACUGCAUCAAUGCUGGCUGCUGCUCAGCCAGCUGAACAAAAACAAAUGCUAGGUGAACGUUUGUUCCCUAUCAUAGAAUCGAUGUAUCCACAACUGGCCGGUAAAAUCACCGGUAUGUUACUUGAAAUCGACAAUUCUGAAUUGUUGCAUAUGCUAGAGCACAACGAUUCAUUGAAGAACAAAGUCGAUGAAGCUGUUGCCGUGCUUCAAGCUCAUCAAGCCAAGCAAGCUGUUACAUCUGGCGGAAAAAUGGAAUAAGUUUUACACAGUUCGCAAGCAUAUUUUGAAGCAGAACGACAACCAACAAAUUGUUUCUUUUUCCUCUGUAGAACCAAUUUAUAAUCGCAAUAAAAUACAUUCCGUUGCGUUGACAAAAUUAAUAAUGAUAACAACAAAAGUACACACAAGAUACCAAAAUCAAUUCUUACACACAAUACAAAAUUACUCUGUCCACUAAGUCCAACUCUACAUAAAAUUAGAGAUAAAAGGAAAGAGACGUUUUUGCGAAUACCAUCAAUAAUUUGUGAAAAAAAUUUUUUGAUUCAACAUUGUUUUUGAUAUAUGGACAACCCCUGUCCAACAUCAUAGAACAAUUUGAAUUCAAUGUUUCGAAAUGGGUGCAUUGAAUACCAUCAAAACAUCAUCAGGCGACUUUAAUCAAGAUAAAAAAAAUCUUUAUCCUUUAUGCGAUCCAAUGAAAUCGUAAAACAUCCUUUUAUUUUUUUCAAAAAUUCAAACCAACCAAUAAAAUUAUUAUUUUAUCUAAAAAUUAUCUGAUUGAAAUGAAAGCUCAACAAAAAUGCAAUUUAUUUAUCAUUUUUCGUUUGUUACAAUUUAAUUUUGUAAACAUUAUCAAUAAAAGGAAAACACAAUGGAAGAUUAUAAAAUCAAUAAGAAAAUAAAACACUCAAGAAAGGAAUAAAACAAAACAUCAGCAAAAUAAAAAGUGAAUAAAAGUUUAAGUUUAAUUGAAAAAUAAAAAUAAAAAAAUCCAUCCAAAAUCGAUUGUAGAUCGACCUUUGGAGAAAAAAAAAUUGUAAAACAUCAAAAUUGUCCAAAAAAAUGAGAUGAAACAUUGAUUCAGCAUAAAAAACUGCACGAAUUAGAAAAGUUAAAUAAGAAACAAAAAAAAACAAAUAGGAAUUCCUUU